UUUCAGGUUUUCUCUACAUAAGUGGGUUAUGACACAUAUUGGAAUUAAUACAUUUAUUCUACCAUAAUAUUAAUGUGUUAAUCAUAUGAGAGAUAAUUGAGGGAAUAUGAUUUAAUGCGUGUGUAUAUCAUUUAUCAUCCAUAAAGGAGAAGGGUGGACAUACCGUAGCAGUCGGGUUACUUAUUACUUAUUAAUAACGUGCAGGAGGCUGCACACUGAAGGAAUGUGCACAUCCUCCUGUUGAUGCGUCUCUAAGGUGACGGAGCAGCGCGCGUGCGUGCGGCGCGUGAGCGAGCUCCUCUGCGUCGCAGCGGUUUAGUGAGCGAGCUGAACUGGACCAGAAGUCGAGGAGGUCUUUCCCCCCAACCCCCCCGUUAAAGAGCAGCAUGGACACGGCCGUGACGUCGACCCCUCCCCCGGUGAAGCGGUGGCAGCUCGGCGGCACCCGGUCCGGAACCCGGUUCAGCACCUGGACCCCCCUGAACCACCGGGCCGGCAACCUGCAGUUAUUUGAGGAGAGGACGAACCUCGUGCUGCACUGGUUUGACCUGUGGACCGACGGACAGAGGAAGCACCUGUUGCACUCUCUGCUCACACAAUGCAGCAGGUCACAGCUCAAGUACUGCAAGGAUUUGCUCGCGGAGGCGGUUCCCGUGACGCGAGUGGACUUCACGUCGGUGCUGCCCCGCUUCCUGUCCCUGUACGUGAUGUCGUUCCUGUCCCCUCGUGACCUCUGCUCCGCCGCCCAAGUCAGCUGGCACUGGGGGGUCCUCGCCGAGCAGGACUGUCUCUGGGCCGGCCGCUGCAUCCGGAGAGGCUGGUUCCUUCCCUACACUCCCGGAGAGAAGGAGUCCGGAGCGUGGAAGAACCACUACGUCUCCUGCGUCUCCACGCUGGACCGGCUCACCCCCAGGGAGGCGGCCGAGCGGUACGGCACCCUCAACCAGCGAAGCGCGGGGGAGACAGAGGAGGAGGAGGAGAGGAGGAAGGAGAGGAGGAUCAGACAGACAAUCAGAGACAAACUCCAGGAGGAGAAGAAACACUCUCUGAGAACCAGGAAAGCCUGGGGCAGCUACACGAAGCCACAAGGAGCCAGAGGUGCAGCGACUCAGACAGGGAGGCCCGGCUCUGGAACAGCAUUGGGCUCUUGGCCCUCUCUCUCCUGGCCUCCAUCUGGGUCUCCCAGCGCCUGCCUCGGCCUGGACCGGGGGCGGCCCACGACUGCAGCCCAGAGCCUGGAGAGAGUCCAGGCCUCCGGGCCGAGCAGCAUGGGCCCAUUGAGACCCCGUGAAAGACUGAGCGAAGCCAGAGGAGCGCUGUCCUCCUUCACCGGCAGACCGCUGCCACCCAACGUCUCCGUGACCCCUCCCCCCCUCGUACUGCUGAUCUCCAGCAGAAUUCCUGCCUAUGAGCUGGUGCUGAGUGGCGUGAAGGAUGGAGUGGUUGCGGUUCUGUACGACCACAGAGGGACUCUCUCGGCCCUGUUAACCCAGGUGGAGAGGACUAUUUCUGGGCAGAGAGCUCAGAGGCUGGGCCUGCUAGCUCCAGGAGGAACGGAGGAAAUCCAUCUGCUGCACGGUUGUGGCCUGUCAGAGAGGACUCUACUGACCCCCGACCACAGAGAAUUCUGGGAAAAGCUGUGUGGCUGGUUGGCACCAACUGAGGAAGGAGGAGGGAUUGACAUCUUCUCCCCGCUGGCUGCAUCUGCAUCGGGACUAGCUCUCAUGCAGACUCUCUCUACUCUGACGGGUCUGGAGGUUCUGGCGCCGAUGGGUUUUGCCACCGGAAGUUUCCAGAACAUCCUCGGCGAGUGGUCCGACGGCCGCGUGUGCACCGGACUCUCGGAGCAGCGGCCGGCAUCCCCGGCACUGCGCUUUGUGUGUGACGGUGCACUGCUGGGCUGGUGCAGACAGGCCCAGUGGAUGGAGGAGGCUCUGGGGCAGCUGAGGGGCAGCUGGGGGCCACAGCUCCAGAGCGUCAGCCUCCAGGCCAGGGGCCGGGCGCUGGGUCACUUUCUGUGGGAGAAAAUCCGCCUGGAGGAGCUUUGUGUGUCCAAAGAUGUAAAUGAGGCUCUGGCUGAGGGACUCGCUGCUCUCACACGGCAGGAAGAGACCAGACCUCUGGAGUUUCUUGCCGUCUUCCUGACAAGAUGGAGAGAAGAGGAGGAGGGAGGAGAGAGGAGGAGUGGAGGGGAAAGGAACAAAGGAGCCGAAGAUUUCUCUUUGGCGCCACUCGACCUGACAGCCGAGCUACCGCAGAUGCUGUUCGAUUGGAGAGGAGCAGCUGCCAGAGAGCUCCACCACAGCGAGUGUCUUUAUCUGGGGAGGCUGGGCGCCGUGCUGAAGGUGUACCAGGAGCCUCUUACUGCAGCUCUCAACUCCAACAGAGCCAUCCUCAGCUACGCCGACAUCCACGUUGUCCUCAGCCCUGUCGCACAACUGCUGGAGCUCAACAGGGCGUUUCAGGAGGAUCUACGAGCCCGGCUGCAGCAGUGGGGUGCGGAGCAGUGCGUCGGGGAUGUGCUCGUCAAACUGUGCUCAAAACUCAGAGUCUACACCAACUACCUCAACAACUACACCACCGCCCUGCGCACCGUCGACAAGUGCAGGGAGACGAAGCCUCCGUUUCGGGCGUUCCUGAAGAGAGCGGACAGAACUCUUGCAACACACAUGCUGAGCCUGCAGGAGCUGCUGCUGUGUCCGGUGUGGAGGAUACAGGAGUACGUGACUCUGCUUCAGGUGUUGUCUUCACACACACACAGCCGCCACCCCGACCACACACACCUCCGCUCGGCCCUCGACACCCUGCUGGGAUUCAGAGAGUUCAUACAGAAGUUGAAGAGAAACUCUGAGAGAGACGAGCGGAUGGAGGAAACGGAGAAGAUGAUCCAAGGCUGUCCGAGCCUCAGUGAAGGAAACAGGCAGCUGAUAAUAACACAGGAUGCUGCCUUGCUCAUGAGCCCCGAUGAAAAGAUUCCUGACUCACUCAGGGUCUACGAGCAGGUGUCCGACGUGGGCCUCUUCCUGUUCAACGACGCGCUGGUGUUGACGCGGCGACGCGUGCAGCACACGCCGUUCUCGCCGGCCCACCGGAGCGCGCACACGUUCCUGGCCUCCGUGGCGCUCGCCAGCCUGGCUGUCAGAGAGAUCACGCACACGCGCUACGUGCGUCACGCUUUCGUCCUGGAGGGUCCGUGUCGUUCUUGGGUGUGCGCCACAGAAAGAGGCGAGGAGAGAGAGCACUUCCUGUGUGCGCUGCGUUCAGCCGUGAGCGCCGCGCCGACGGGACACCCGUGAAGAAGAGGAUCCCCCAUAGAGACCAUGUUCAUGUUCCCUGUAUGGGGGGAGAGGGGUGGUAGUUCGAUGUCUCAGCUGCGCGUCAUCCUGCGUAACGGUCACUUCUCACCUGGCUGGCGCGUGAAGGUUACGCACGGCCCUGUCUCAGUCAAAGAUUGGUCGAUGUCAGUGAUUGACACCUCUAUGGAAACCUUGGAGCCAAUAGAAUUGAGUUGUUAGGACCAAAACCAGAUUAACAGCAACGUGAGCCAAUGAGAUGCAUAUAGGCGUCGUCAUACUUCCUUUCCCCGGCCAGCACGGCCCCCUGCGAGUCAGGAACCAUUUGACUGGGUCACAGAAUGUGUGGAGAACACUCCUCAGUGCAGGUGUUCUGGAUAAAAUGCUUUUUCUUCUUCCAAACUUCAAAAGGUAAGCAGAAUGUGCGCACCGUGAAGUGACGAAGGGAUUUGUGUUGCUGUGUUCUCUUGCUUGUGUCUCGGUGGGGGUUGGGUGGAGAGGAUCUUUAAAACUAUGGCUGGAGUCUGUGUGGACUCCUCUUGCUUUUUGGUGGCUAGCUUCUUCUGCUAGGACGUAGCUACGGGUCGCUAGGCCCGGAAGACUGGACGGUGAGCUGAUUUAAGGCAAAUUAUGAAUAUGACACUUGAGUUCUUCUUUUUACUAUUGUGAGUUGUGUUUGGAGCAUUUGAAAACAGCUUGUUAAAUAUUGUAGCUCACGUUCUGCUGUUUAAUUUGAUGUAAAACAACACAAUAUUAUUUUAUCAUUAUCUUUCUGGUUUUACCUGAACCCCAGAGUCCCCUUAUUUGGGGGCCGUGGGGUGUAAAAGGAGAAAUUAACGGUAAUUAUCUUUUCCACCCCACACGUGAUGCAAACUGUCUCACUUUCACCUUUAAAAGUAUUCAGACGGUAGUUUGUGUGUUAAACUCUCUACACAUGUACUUGUAUUGUCAUCACAUGCAUUCAUUCUUUGAUAUUACAAUCCUUAAACAAUACUUUAAAUUUCUUAUUUUAGUCAUAUUAAUUUGUAAUGUUUCUUAUCGCACCACUUGUGUGUUCAACAUUACUCAAAUACCAAGUGUUCAGUGUUAAUAAAAAACUUUUUUAAAUAG